GGAGUCGUGUUCAGUUCAGUUCAUUGAUUAUCGCGAGUGUUCAUUUCUCUCCCCAUCAAUUUUGCAGUUGUUCUUGUUCAAGUUCAUUCAAUUCAGCUUAUAAGUUUUAUGUUAUUUUCUUUGCUUAAAAAAGAAGGGUGUAGUUAAAUCUAAAAAUUGCACAAAAAUUAAUAUUGAAACAUAUAAAGAAAUAAAUAAACUUGGUGCAUCAUCGUUUUUGAUUAUAGUACAUUUUCAAGAUCAAGUUUGAAGAAGUUAUAGCUUAAUUUAUAAAUGAAAAUUGGAUUUACCAGUGCGGCCGCCGACGACGACAACAACGGACAACAGAAUCCCAAUUCGCAAGCAUUCAUCUUCUACUUCCACUUCCAGAAACAGAAACAAUAAGUCUGAUUGGCUAUCUUGCUGUUGAGCUGAGCACCAAGCACCAAGCUAUAAAAAACAAAACCAAAAUUCUUAUUGAAAAGUAAUUAAUCACGAGAAGCAACGAGUGACAAAAGCAACUGACAGGAAAAAAUAAAAUUAAAUUAAAAUAAAAUAAAACAAAAAUAACGACAAUGAACGGCACUGGCUAUGAAUUGAAUGGAGGAUCCAAUGGCGAUAUCAUUGCACAGAACCAACAGAAAGGUUGGUGGACUAUUGGUCUGAUUAAUGGCCAGCACAAGUACAUGACAGCCGAGACAUUUGGCUUUAAAUUGAAUGCAAAUGGAGCAAGUCUAAAGAAGAAACAAUUGUGGACGUUGGAGCCCUCCAAUACCGGAGAAAGUGAGUCUAAAAACUGUAUUAUCUACCUUCGAUCUCAUCUCAAUAAAUAUCUCUCGGUCGACUCAUUUGGCAAUGUUCUCUGCGAGACUGAGGAGCGCGAUGCUGGUAGUCGAUUUCAAAUUAGUAUAAGCGAGGAUAACACCGGCAGAUGGGCGCUGAAAAAUGAGUCGCGCGGCUACUUCUUAGGUGGCACUCCAGACAAGCUCGUAUGCACAGCUAAAACUCCGUCCAGUGGGGAAUUCUGGACAGUGCAUUUGGCAGCCAGACCUCAGGUGAAUCUGCGCUCGAUUGGAAGGAAACGGUUCGCACACUUGUCCGAGACACAAGAUGAGAUUCAUGUGGACGCAAACAUUCCAUGGGGUGAGGAUACUCUGUUCACCUUGGAGUUCCGUGCCGACGAAGGGGGUCGCUAUGCGCUUCACACAUGCAACAACAAGUAUUUGAAUGCAAACGGAAAACUCCAGGUGCAAUGCAACGAAGAUUGUUUGUUUAGCGCUGAGUACCAUGGAGGACAUUUGGCUCUUCGAGAUAGACAAAGUCAAUAUCUUUCACCAAUUGGUUCGAAGGCCGUACUUAAGUCUCGAUCGUCGACUGUUACCCGCGAUGAAUUGUUCUCGUUGGAGGAUUCUCUGCCACAAGCUUCGUUUAUUGCUGGAUUAAAUACACGCUAUGUUUCUGUGAAACAAGGUGUUGAUGUGACCGCUAAUCAGGAUGAAGUUGGCGAGAACGAGACAUUCCAAUUGGAAUUCGAUUGGUCAGCACAUCGCUGGGCAUUGCGUACAACACAAGAUAGAUAUUGGUGUUUAUCGACUGGUGGCGGAAUCCAAGCAACUGGUAAUAGACGAUGUGCUGAUGCCCUGUUUGAGCUCAUUUGGCACGGCGAUGGAUCUCUUUCGUUUAGAGCAAACAAUGGAAAGUUCUUGGCAACAAAACGUUCUGGUCAUUUGUUUGCUACCUCAGAAGCAAUUGAGGAAAUCACGAAAUUCUAUUUUUAUCUGAUUAACAGACCAAUUCUAGUACUUAAAUGCGAACAAGGUUACGUUGGCUAUAGAACUCCUGGAAAUCUCAAACUAGAAUGCAAUAAAGCAACGUACGAAACUAUUCUAGUAGAAAGAGCACAAAAAGGUUUGGUUCAUUUGAAAGCGCAUAGCGGCAAAUACUGGAGAAUCGAUGGUGAUGGUAUCUCUGUUGACUCUGACAUUCCUGUAGAUGGUUUCUAUUUGGAACUUAGAGAACCAACAAGAAUUUGCAUUCGAACAUUGGAUGGUAAAUAUCUUGGUGCAACCAAAAAUGGUGCAUUUAAAUUAGUUGACGAUGGCACCGACACUGCCACACAAUGGGAAUUCUAAACUCCAAAAUCAGCCAAUGCCCUUGUCCAAGAGUCAUAAUUAAAGAAAGAAGAAAAAGAAAAAGAAGAAAAAAAGAAAUACUCCUUUAUUCAAAGAAAAAGAAUUUCUUUGAUUAGUAAUUUACACACUAAAGGAUUUCUUAGUAAUUAUAAUCAUUAAUAUCAUAAUAAUUUCACGAGCAUUAAGAGGAUAUCCUUGCAAUAUAUUUAGAAGAAGAAAAAUAAUAAUUUUAAAGAAAAUAAAACAAAGGAAAAAAAAACAUAAAACAAUAAUAAUUUUAUCUCUAUUUGAUAUAUUUUUAUACAAGAUAAAGGGAAAAACAUCCGCACAACAGAGAUAAACUAGGAGGAAACAUAAACAAAACAAAAAUAAAAUAAAAAUAGUAUUUUAUACAUUUAUACGAUAUUUUAAUUAUUAUAUAAAAGAAAAGCACUAGGAAACUCAAAUACUACUACUCCAUUGCCAAAUACUGAGAGUAGACAAAAAUAAAAAUAUAAACAAAAACAAAAACGAAACAAAACUCAUUAAAAUAACUAAAUUUUCUUUUAUUUUAUUUAUACAACAUUAUGUAUGUUCAAUUUGAAAAUAAAAACAACUCCUUUUCUUCUCUCUCUUAGUGAUUAAUUUAAAACUUUUAUUAAAUCUUUUUAAAAUGCAUGCAACAUAAAAUUUAUAUAUAUAUAUAUAAAAAAAGAUACAUACAAAACUUAUUAUAUAUGUAAAUCCAUUGAAGUUGGAGAAUAUAAGAAUAUUUUAAAUUAAAAUCUAAAAGAAAUCUAAUAACAUAUUUUUAAUGGCUGGUAAAUUUUUUAUUUGCAUAAAGCUGCUGCUGUUUAUUUUAUUUUAAAAUUUCUAUAUAUAUACGUCGAAAAUAUUUUUUAAAACUACUCACUCACACACACACGUUAUAUUCCUAUACAUUUAGAGACGAAGAAAUAAAAUAAAUGAAAAAAUAAAACAUAAAAUAAAAAAUA